UUCUUAAAAUCUACUAUGUGCUGCAAAAAACGUGUAAAACGUAGAGUUCCUCUUGUAGAGGUUUGGAAAAGGCGACUUGUUUUAUCAAGUAUUUGUUUUGUCAUUUUGACGCUUGGAGGACUCGUCAUGAUGGCUGUGGAACUAACUAAACUGCAAAGAAAUAUAUACGGCAUGGUGACAAUUGUUGGAUUCUCAAUAACUGUUGGUGGUUUAUUACCGCUGUAUUUGAUUCUUACAUACACUGUAUGUGGCCACGAUCAAUAUCCAACAGGACCAGUGCUGAUAUGGGCAAAUGCACUAUACAUGUUGAUUGGAAUAGCUCUAGUUUGUGUGGCGCAAAUUGUACCAGCCGAUUCGAUGUUCAACAUGAUCCCGUUCAAUAGUGCGAUGGAACGAAAUAAUUUCAGCGGUCUAUAUCCUUUGGAAGAAGACGAGAUAUUUUCCGAUUUACUUGCAAAAUAUGGCGAAGAUAUAACUAUACAGAAGAAUCAAGUAGUCUGGGAUCGUGGAUUGAUUGACGUCAUUCAAUUUCGUGUAUCCAUUCUUGGUGGUGGGAUUUUCGGCACCGGAUUAUUUGGAAGUGCUUUAACAAUAACCAUAAUUUACAAGGUUCAUAGUUUAAUUGAAAAAAUGAAGAGAGCGGAACACACCCGAAGGAAAAAUAUAAGAACAUUAGCAAAAGCUUUUAAACCAAGAAACCAGGGCCAACCGUUGCGGAGACUCAGGAGAGAUUCGGUUUAUGACUACGCAGGUUGGGGAAACAGAACAAGCGAUAUAUUUCAUGACCAUGACGCUGAAGGCCGUGUUUCAUCAACGUCGUCUACGAAAUUAACUUCAACAAGUAUGAUAAGUAUAGCAGAAGAAGGAGCAAAUCAAAGAAAUUCAAGACGAGUUAGUGGUAUUUAUAGAAACUAUGAAUAUGUUCCCGAAUAUCCAGAAGAAGAAGCGUUAAACGGAGAUGCAGUGGACAGACGAUUCAGUGGGAAAAGUUAUGAAGGGAUGGGAAUAUCAUCGAUUGAAAUGAAGCAGCUCAACACGCAAAUAAAAAAUAACGUCAAGACUGUGUAAACUCGGUAUAACUCGUUGAAGAAUACAGAUUCCGCAACACCGCUGUAACGUUUGUAAUACAUCUGAUUUAGUUCUUUUGUUGAGUUAUUUUGAAAAUUAGUUUCUGCUUACCGACUCCCAACAAAGACAAAUUUACUGCUUUGGCGUGGUCACGGGAUUUCCAAUUUGUAGUCAAUGGGGCGUUGAAUAUUAUAGAUUUGCAGCUUUCGAUACUGCUUCCCCGAAACGACAGAUAUACGUGUAUUCGUAAUAGUUGUUGAAAAUUUCCAAUAGCCGUUCAAACUGUGAUUGAAAUCAAGGUUGAAUUAUCGGAAUUUCUUAAAGAUAGCUGACUUUGAACUUUUCAUUGUGGAUUUUUUCAAUUAUAUAUAGUUUUUGAAUA